AUGCCCUCCAGCACGCUCUCGUGUAAUCGUAUUAUUUCGGGAUUUGCCAGAAACGGGCAUCUGGAAAAUGCCAAGAGCCUCUUUGAUGCAAUGUUCGAUCGGGACGUGGUAUCUUGGAACUCGAUUCUGGGAGCGUACUCCCGACACGGUGCAACAUCUGAGGCUCGCGAGGUGUUCGGCAAGAUGCCUGCUACGGAUGGUUUCUCUUGGAGCUCGAUGCUCUCGGCAUUCGCCCAUACAGCUAGCAGGGACGAGGUGGGGGAGCUGUUCGACAAGCUCCCUGUCCGGGAGCUAAUCUCCUGGACGAGCAUGCUGCACUCCUGUGCCCGCGACGGUAGGCUGGAGGAGAUGCAAGCGGUGUUCUGGAGGUUUCCGUGCUGGGACGUGAUCUGCUGGAACGAAGUAAUCACCGCGUGUGCCCGUGAGGGGCACCUUUCUGAUGCUUUGGUCGCCUUCAACCAGAUGCCCGGGAGGAGCAGCGUGACGUGGAAUGUGCUGCUGCAAGCGUUUUGCCGUGCCUCGCAGCCGGACGUAGCGGCAGCGGCCUUCCACCGGAUGCCGCAGUGGAGCUUGGCGGCUUGGAACUCGGUGAUUCAAGGCGUCGGGUGCGAGUCACCGGCAACCAUGUUUGGGAGGAUGCCGCAGCGGGACAAGUACUCGUGGUAUGCGCUCAUCUGUGCCUGCUCCCGACGCUCAAAUCCCGACGACGCGUUGGAUGCGCUGCGGAGGAUGCCAUGGUGGGACGUGGCGGCAUGGAACAUGGUGAUGGCGGCUCUCACCAGCGGCCGCCGCGUGCGAGAGGCGACCGAGAUGUUCCACCACGGCAUUCCCGCCCGGGACGUGGUGACGUGGAACAUCAUGGUGAGAGCGCUGGCGUUGGAGGGCGCUGUGGCGGCGUUUGAGCGGAUGCCGCAGCACGACAUUGUGAGCUGGAACUCAAUGGUGCACGCGUAUGGGUUGGCCGGGGAGACCGGCAGUGCUGCACGGUUGCUCCAGCAGCUGGCUUGCUUCAGCCUUGCCGCCACAAACUCCGUCAUCGGUGCCUAUGGUCUGAAGGGACAAGUAGAAGAGGCGAGGCGGGUGUUUGACGCGAUGCUCCACAGGAACACCGUAUCUUGGAACUCCAUGGUUGCGGGCUACGUUCGUGCGGGACGGGUGGCAGAGGCCAAGCUGCUGUUCGAUGCGAUGGCGGACACAGCCAAGCGCGACGUCGUGUCCUGGAACACGAUGCUGCCAGCAUUCACCGUGACUGAGGAUGCUGCUGUGCUUGAGCUCGUCGAGGAGUGCUUCCGAAGGAUGCCAUUCACGUCACAGGCGUCGUGGAAUGCGAUGCUGCAUGCAUAUGCCUGUGGAGGUGUUACGCAGAGAGCGGAGCAGCUCUUUGAGCGCAUGCCCGAGAAGGACUCGGCGUCGUGGAGCGCGCUGGCAUCGGCCCGCCUGCUCAGUGGCAAGUGCCAGAGUGCCGCGAGCGUCGUGGCACUCAUGGACCUGGAUGGGUGCAAGCCGGACGCAGUGAGUUACAUCUCUGCGCUUGAGGCAUGCGGCAUGGCUUCGGAUCUGGCACAGGGGAGGAUUCUCCACGCCGAAAUUGUGGCUGCUGACGACCCGGCGCUGCAAGAUGGUGGAAAGGUGGCGACCGCACUGGUAAGCAUGUACAGCAGGUGUGCAGCGCUCGGGGAGGCGGUGGCUGCCUUCGACGGUAUGAGCAGCAAGAACCUUGUUUCGUGGACUGCGAUGGUGGCGGCUCUCGCGCAGAACGGAUUCAGCAGCCUUGCUCGGCUCGCGUUCUGGAGAAUGGAGCUCAACGGCUUCACGCCAGAUUCCAUCAGUUUCAUCAGCAUUCUGUCGGCUUGCAGCCAUGCCGGGAGCGUGGAGCUCGGGUGGAGCCAUUUUGUGUCCAUGGUUGGCGACUAUGGGAUCCAGCCGGGGUUGGAUCACUAUGCAUGCGUUUUGGAUCUCCUGGGCCGAGCCGGCAACUUGGAAGACGCUCACGAGUUGAUGGACGCCAUGCCUUUCAUUCCCGGCCCCGAUUCUCGGACCAGCUUGCUGAGCGCAUGCCGGGGCCUCCCGGUGUCCAAAGUCCCAGAGUUCGUUCCACACGAGCAGGAGCUAGACGGAGGAGAAGAUGUCUUGUUCGUGGGAAUCCUUGCGGCGGCUGGUUAA